AUGGCGUCCAAAGUCACAGAUGCUAUAGUCUGGUAUCAAAAGAAGAUUGGAGCAUAUGAUCAACAAAUAUGGGAAAAAUCUGUUGAACAAAGAGAAAUCAAGGGUUUAAGGAAUAAACCAAAGAAAACAGCGCAUGUGAAACCAGACCUCAUAGAUGUUGAUCUUGUAAGAGGGUCUGCAUUUGCUAAGGCAAAACCUGAAAGUCCUUGGACUUCUCUGACUAGAAAGGGAAUCGUUCGAGUUGUGUUUUUCCCCUUUUUCUUCCGGUGGUGGUUACAAGUAACAUCAAAAGUCAUCUUUUUCUGGCUUCUUGUCCUUUAUCUUCUGCAAGUUGCUGCAGUAGUAUUAUUCUGUUCCGCUUCUAGCCCACACAGCAUACCUCUGACGGAAGUGAUUGGGCCAGUAUGGCUGAUGCUGCUCCUGGGAACUGUUCACUGCCAGAUCGUGUCAACAAGAACACCAAAACCCCCUCUGAGUGCAGGGGGUAAAAGAAGAAGGAAAUUAAGAAAAGCAGCCCAUUUGGAAGUCCAUAGGGAAGGAGAUGGUUCUAGUACCACAGAUAACACACAGGAGGGAGCAGCUCAGAGCCACGGGACAAGCACCUCUUACAGCGUUGGUGCUGUCUUCAGAGAUCUCUGGCAUGCCGCUUUCUUUUUAUCAGGAUCAAAGAAAGCAAAGAAUUCAAUUGAUAAAUCAACGGAGACUGACAAUGGCUAUGUAUCCCUUGAAGGGAAAAAGACUGUUAAAAGCAGUGAAGAGGGAAUUCAAAGCCAUGAACCUCAGUGUGAAACUGUUCGACCAGAAGAGGCAGCCUGGCACCCAGGAACACUGAGGAACAUUCCCAGCAAAGAUACUCAAAGGACAAUAGCAAAUGUCUCUGAUGAAGUCUCCAGUGAGGAAGGUCCUGAAACAGGAUACCCAUUACGCCGUCACGUGGACAGGACUUCUGAGAGCAUUCUUCGGAACAGAAAGUCACACCAUUAUAAGAAACAUUACCCUAAUGAGGAUGCCCCUAAAUCGGGUACUAGUUGCAGCUCUCGCUGUUCAAGUUCCAGACAGGAUUCUGAGAGUACAAGGCCAGAAUCGGAAACAGAAGAUGUAUUAUGGGAAGACUUGUUACACUGUGCAGAAUGCCGGUCAUCUUGUACCAGUGAGACAGAUAUGGAAAAUCCUCAAAUUAAUCCAAGUGUGAAAAAAGAAUAUAGAGACGACCCUUUUCAUCAGAGUCAUUUGCCCUGGCUCCAUAGUUCCCACCCAGGAUUAGAAAAAAUCAGUGCUAUAGUGUGGGAAGGCAAUGACUGUAAGAAAGCAGACAUGUCCGUGCUUGAAAUCAGCGGAAUGAUAAUGAACAGAGUGAACAGCCAUAUACCAGGAAUAGGAUACCAGAUUUUUGGAAAUGCAAUCUCUCUAAUCCUGGGUUUAACUCCAUUUGUUUUCCGACUCUCCCAAGCUACAGACUUGGAACAACUCACAGCACAUUCUGCUUCAGAACUUUAUGUGAUUGCAUUUGGUUCUAAUGAAGAUGUCAUAGUUCUUUCUAUGGUCAUAAUAAGUUUCGUGGUUCGUGUAUCUCUUGUGUGGAUUUUCUUUUUUUUGCUCUGUGUAGCAGAAAGAACUUAUAAACAGCGAUUGCUUUUUGCAAAACUCUUUGGACACUUAACAUCGGCAAGGAGGGCUCGAAAAUCUGAGGUUCCUCAUUUCCGGUUGAAGAAAGUACAGAAUAUAAAAAUGUGGCUAUCUCUCCGGUCCUACCUUAAGCGUCGAGGUCCUCAGCGAUCAGUUGAUGUAAUAGUUUCAUCUGCUUUCUUGUUGACUAUAUCAGUUGUGUUUAUCUGUUGUGCCCAGUUGCUUCAUGUGCAUGAGAUCUUCCUUGAUUGUCACUACAAUUGGGAGCUAGUAAUCUGGUGCAUCUCGUUAACGCUUUUCCUCCUAAGAUUUGUUACCCUUGGAUCAGAAACAAGUAAAAAAUAUAGCAAUACCUCAAUAUUACUUACUGAACAGAUAAACCUCUACUUGAAAAUGGAGAAGAAACCUAACAAAAAAGAGGAACUGACACUAGUGAAUAAUGUUUUAAAGCUGGCUACUAAACUGCUAAAGGAAUUGGACAGUCCCUUUAGAUUGUAUGGGCUUACAAUGAAUCCACUGCUUUAUAACAUCACCCAGGUUGUCAUCCUGUCAGCUGUCUCUGGUGUUAUCAGUGACUUGCUUGGAUUUAAUUUAAAGCUAUGGAAGAUUAAAUCAUGACAAUUCAGAGAAAAGAAGAUGUAGCCUCUUUUCCAGAAUAAGAGUACCAACUAAGCUGCCUGCAAGCAGUCACUGACUCUUUGCUUCAGGAGUCUCAGCUGGGAAAUCGAAGUGUUUACAUCAGACUGUCUUGUGCAAUUCUUAUAUUUAUUUUACUUGUUCACUGUUUUUUUUUACAUUUAUUUUAGUCUUUAUAUUUUAUUUUUAGCAUUGAUGUACUUAGUUGUUGCAAGGGUGAUAAAACUGAUAUCCAGAUACUUGAGAUCCUGGUAAUUGUUCAUAAAUAGUUGACAAAAUAACAAAUCGUGAGACUAGAAGCCAUUCUAAGCACUGUUUCUCCAUCAAUGCCGUGAACUUGCCUUACUUGAAAGGAAAACUUCUUUAACUUUGGAAUAUUGCAUUGGACUCAGCUAGACACAGGAAGUAUCUUCUUUGGUAAAUCAAGAUCCAG